CCGGCGUCGAUGCGGAAGUGACGCUGCGCCUGCUUCCGGGGCGCUGCGUCAGUCCGCCAUGAACAGCGUCGGCGAGGCCUGCACGGAGCUGAAGCGCGACUACGACCAGUGCUUCAACCGUUGGUUCGCCGAGAAGUUCCUGAAGGGGGAGGCCGGCGCCGAGGGAGACCCCUGCGUGCAGCUCUUCAAGCGCUACCAGCUCUGCGUCCAGAACGCUAUUAAGGAGAAGGACAUACCCAUUGAAGGCUUGGAAUUCAUGGGCUCCAGCAAAGAAAAGUCUGAGAACUCUUCAGAAAUCUGAUGACACCAGCAAGCCUCCCCCCUUUCCAAGACUAUGAAACAGGCAAACUAUGAAAUAGGCAAACUAAAAUAAUACCGCUAAUGCGGGUGGGGAGAUACAGGGUGCUGCUUCCUUGCAAUGUUUGUCACAUCAAUCUAGUUACUGCUGCUUCAUUUCUAUUGUUGCUGGGAAACAUUUUAUCAUGAUUGCCUAUGUACAGUCAUGUGAAAAAGUAAAUCCCCCUAUUGAAAUUUUUGAUUUGUUCAACCUACAGAUACUUGAACUUCCACAAUAUUGAUAAAGAGGACACAAUAUAAUACAUAUCAUGCACUAUUUAAAUUUUGUGGACUAUUGUAAAUUGAAAUAAAAAUAAUUGAAAUUUUGCAUGUAGUAAAAGUAAGUAUACUCCUAUUUAUCACUGCCUCAAAUGCCAAAAAGUAGAGUUUUAGAUGAGUAGAACAUUAGAAACUUGUAGGAACUUAUAUUUUUAAAGCCUUAGACUUUUAGUUUAGUUUAUACCCUGUGUUGCUAAAAUGUGUGGUAUCACCAUGCUUAGCUUGAAGGAAUUCCCUGGGGCCUUCCAAAAGGUUACAGAAGCCAAUGAGCCAUGAAAGGGUUUUAAAAGAUCACCAAACAAUUAGGCAGCAAUCAUUCCAAUGAUCAUCUAUAUGUGGAGAAGAUUUCAAACAACAGCCAAUUUGGCCAGGCAUUUGGUGGUCAGUGACCAAAAUGACAUUGUCCAGCCUAGGGUGUCCCAUUAGGUUCAUCCGAAGUACAAGUGCAAGACCCUGAAAGAAAUCCCUAAGAACCUCAGAAUUAUCUCACAUGACCAAGAGGUAACUCUCCACUAUCGAUGUCAAAGUGUAUGAGUCCACCAUUAGAAUGAAUCUGCACAAAUUAAAUCAACAUGGGAAGUGAGCCAGGAAACAUUUGACUUUCAGAAGGACCAUCAGGACAAGAUUAGUUUCCUCAUGAACUCCUAGAUGUCGUGGGCCCAUGACUCGGACAACUCUUGA